AUGCCUUACCUCUAUUGGGCCACAGGGCCCCAGAAGCACCCGGUUCCCAAGGACGCCCGCAUCACCCACUCCUCCGGCCUGAGCUUCGAGCAGCUGAGGCAGGCGUGCGUGCAGAAGGGCGUCCUCUUCGAGGAUGCAGACUUCCCAGCAGACAACUCCUCUCUCUUCUACAGCGAGAGGCCCCAGAUCCCCUUCGUGUGGAAACGGCCAGGGGAAAUAGUGAAAAACCCAGAAUUCAUUCUCGGAGGAGCUACCAGGACCGAUAUCUGUCAGGGGGAGCUUGGCGACUGCUGGCUAUUAGCUGCCAUUGCCUCCCUGACGCUGAACGAGAAAGCUCUGGCACGGGUCAUCCCCCAGGACCAAAGCUUUGGACCCGGUUAUGCCGGAAUAUUCCACUUCCAGUUCUGGCAGCACAGCAAGUGGCUGGACGUGGUCGUCGAUGACCGGCUGCCCACCUUCAGGGACCGCCUGGUCUUUCUCCACUCUGCCGACCACCGAGAGUUCUGGAGCGCCCUGCUGGAGAAAGCCUACGCCAAGCUGAAUGGCAGCUAUGAGGCUCUGAAGGGGGGCAGCACCAUCGAGGCCAUGGAAGACUUCACCGGGGGCGUAGCAGAGACCUUUGUAAUGAAAGAGGCUCCAGAGAACUUCUAUGAGAUUCUAGAGAAGGCCUUGAAGAGGGGCUCUCUGGUGGGCUGCUCCAUUGACAUCAGAAAUUCUUCAGAAUCUGAAGCCCGGACACCUUUUGGCCUCAUUAAGGGCCAUGCGUACAGUGUGACAGGAAUUGACCAGGUAAACUUCCGAGGCUGGAAAACGGAGCUCAUCCGAGUCCGGAACCCUUGGGGCCAGGUUGAGUGGAACGGAUCCUGGAGUGACAGUUCCUCUGAGUGGCGUUCCGUGGGCCCAGCUGAGCAACAGCGCCUGUGUCACACAGCUCUGGACGACGGGGAGUUCUGGAUGGCAUUUAGGGACUUCAAGACCCACUUUGACAAAGUGGAGAUCUGCAACCUCACCCCUGACGCCCUGGAGGAGAACGCGCUUCACAAGUGGGAGGUGACGGUCCAUCAAGGAAGCUGGGUGCGGGGCUCCACAGCCGGGGGCUGCCGCAAUUUCCUGGAUACCUUCUGGACCAAUCCACAGAUAAAACUGUCCCUGACCGAGAAAGACGAGGGGCAGGAGGACUGCACUUUCCUCAUAGCCCUGAUGCAGAAAGAUCGAAGGAAACUCAAGAGGUUUGGAGCCAAUAUGCUGACCAUUGGCUACGCCAUUUACCAGAGCCCCGGGAGAGACGAGCACCUGAACAAGGACUUCUUCAGGUACCACGCUUCCCAGGCCAGAAGCAAAACAUUCAUCAACCUGAGAGAAGUCUCUGACCGCUUCAAGCUGCCCCCGGGGGAGUACGUCCUGAUUCCCAGCACUUUUGAGCCCCAUCAAGAAGCCGAUUUCUGCCUGAGGAUCUUUUCGGAGAAGAAAGCCAUUACCCAGGACAUGGAUGGGGAUGUGGCCAUUGACCUUCCGGAGCCUCCGAAGCCGACUCCAGCUGGCCAGGAGACAGAGGAGGAACUGCAGUUCCGGGCGCUGUUUGAACAAGUUGCCGGUGAGGACAUGGAGGUAACCGCAGAGGAACUCGAAUACGUCUUAAAUGCUGUGCUUCAGAAGAAAAAGGACGUCCAGUACAAGAAGCUCAGCCUGGUGUCCUGUAAAAACAUCAUCUCUCUAAUGGACACCAGUGGCAACGGGAAGCUAGAGUUCGGGGAGUUCACAGUGUUCUGCGACAAGCUGAAGAAGUGGACAAAACUUUUCCUCCAGUUCGACGCUGACAAGUCAGGCACCAUGUCCUCCUACGAGCUGCGCAUGGCCCUGAAAGCCGCAGGCUUCCAGCUGAACCAUCACCUCCUGCAGCUGAUUGUCCUGAGGUACGCGGACGAGGGCCUCCAGCUCAACUUCGACGACUUCCUCAACUGCCUGGUCCGGCUGGAGAAUGCAAGCCGGGUGUUCCAGGCUCUCAGUACAAUGAACGAGGACAAGGAGCUCAUUUGUCUCAACAUAAACGAGUUCGUCAGCUUGACAAUGAACAUCUGAGGCUUCCCUGGCAAGAACGCAGUCUGUCCAGCUGGGUCUUGACUUUUCCACCGUGAACUUCAGAAGGUUUCUUGGUGUAGAGCUCCCCUCCCAUUAUCCAACCUUCUCCUCCCCCUGCCCCACCAUCCUGAUCUUGGAAGAGUGAAAUGGACUCAGCUGUGAUCUCUGAUUUUAUGCUACUUCUUUGUACAAUCACUGCCCUAAGACGAGCUGAUGCCACGCCCUGUGCCUUACACUCAGGUUCAGGCGUUGUUAGCAACUUCUCCCCCUACUCCUUCCCACCUCUUCCCAGUACUGAUUAUCCAGAGUGUAAGUCAGUGCACAGAACCCUGGAUUCAGUGGAGUGUCAAUCAUUAUACUCCAACAUCCUAGACAGGACAAAGGACAAUGUUUUUGUAGAUGUGUUGGGGCCUGAGAUGAGAAUAGAAAGGUGUGAUGUCAUGAUUACGCCUUUUCUUCAUCCUACUUGUGUUUCCUUA